GGCUGUGAUGUGAGGGGAGGGCCAGAGUUGGACCGGGAGCAGUUUGAGCCCACAGUUCUGCUAUUUAACCACAAAAACCCUGGUCCUGCCUCCCACUGGAACCUCUCUGUCUCUCUCAGCUGCAGCUCCUAGAACCGUCGUAAAAGCUCAUUCACAAUGGCGUUAGUGGCUGAAUAUCUGAAGCAGCUGACGUUGACUCAUACCGGGGGGAAAGAGCCAACAUUCCCCACUGUGCGUCCGAUCAGAGACUUUGACCCAUCCAGAGAUGCCGCCAGGAUCGACACCGCCAUCAAAACAAAGGGUGUGGAUGAACAAACCAUCAUUGACAUCCUGACUACUAGAAGUUGCGACCAGAGGACAUAUAUUGCAUUUGAGUAUGAAAAGAUUGCCAAAAAGGAUAUGACCACUGCCCUGAAGGGGGCGCUGUCGGGGUCUGUGGAGGCCGUGAUGCUGGGUCUGAUGAAGACUCCCGCCCAAUACGACGCGUCAGAACUCAAAGGUUCCAUGAAGGGUCUUGGAACAGAUGAGGAGACCCUCAUUGAGAUUGUAUGCUCCAGAAGCACUCAGGAACUGGCAGAGAUCAAAAAGGUUUACAGAGAAAUGUUCAAGAAGGAGCUGGAGAAGGAUGUAGCUGGAGACACCUCAGGGGACUUUGCCAAACUCCUGUUGGCACUCGUGCAGAUCAAGAGAGACGAACCCUCCAACGUUGUGGACUAUGAGCAAAUUGACCAUGAUGCACGGGCUUUGUAUGAGGCAGGUGUGAAGAGGAAGGGGACAGACGUGGUCACCUGGAUCGCCAUCAUGUCUGAGCGGAGCGUCCCUCACCUGCAGAAAGUGUUCGACAGGUACACGAGCUACAGCCCAUACGACAUUAAGGAGAGCAUCAGGAAGGAGGUGAAGGGAGAUCUGGAGAAGUCCUUCCUCACACUGGUGGAGUGUUUUGAAAACAGGCAGCUGUACUUUGCCAGCAGACUCAGUGAAGCCAUGAAGGGUAAGGGAGCCAAGGACAAGGUGGUGACUAGAAUCAUUGUGUCUCGCUGUGAAGUUGACCUCAUGAAGAUCCGCUCAGAGUUCAAAAAGCAGAAUGGAAUAUCUCUCUACCACACCGUCUCUGAUCACACAAAGGGAGAUUACCAGAAGGCUCUGCUAAGUCUGAUUGGAGGGGACGACUGAAGAUGUAUUUUAUACUAUAUUUACAGCAUUUUUUGUGGAUUUCAUUGAAGCAUGGAGGGGAAUGUUCAAGUGCCGGCCAAUGAGAAUUGUUAGGCCUAUAUUUCUUUCUUUCUAAGAAACAUUACUGGUUUUGUUGUGUUUCUGUGAAAAUACAUAAUUCUUUUUUUUAUAUCACGAAAUCUAGACACUAAUUGUCAUAUGUUGCAACAUUUGCAACAAAUGUUUGUUACGACAAUCCUCACCAGAAUGUUUUUUUCCGGCAAGUAAAGUCAAAGUUUUAAAGUC